AUGCUUGCAUCCAAUUUCAUCAACUUUCUAUAUAAAUGCUUAUUGGCUACUGUGAGGUCUAAAAAAUGGAUAGCACUUGCAACUGCAAGUUCAGGAAUUGCAGCAUCUAUUUUACCAGGUGGUCGUACUGCUCAUUCUACAUUCAAAAUACCAAUUGAUGGAGAUAAUAAGUACGUCUGUAAUAUUGGAAAACGAACUGCAGAAGCUACUUUAUUAAAAAAAUGUAGAUUGAUUCUUUGGGAUGAAGCCUCUAUGGCUAACCACUGGGCUAUUGAAAGUGUUGAUACAACGCUUAGAGAUAUUAUGGACACAGAUCAAAUUUUUGGAGGAAAGGUGGUUGUUUUUGGAGGUGAUUUUCGACAAACAUUACCAGUUAUUAGAUAUGGGAAGAAAGAAGAUUUUAUUGAAGCAAGUUUGGUUAAAUCACCAUCAAUCUGGCCAAACAUCCAACGAUUAAAAUUGGUCCAAAAUGUUCGUGCAAAUGAGGAUCCAGCAUUUUGUGAGUACUUGAUGAAGAUUGGCAAUGGAACUGAACAAUUUAUUGGUCGAGACAAAAUUAAGAUUCCAUCCUCAUUCAUUAUUCCAUGUCCGGAUGAAGAUAUUUCUCUUGAUGCUUUAUUUCAAUCCGUAUAUCCUGACUUAACAUGUUUCGGGAAUGAUCCUUAUUCAUUAAUGAGCAGAGCCAUCUUAACAACUAAGAAUGAGAUUGCAGAUGAAAUUAAUUCUAUCUUAAUAGAUAGAUUCCCGGGCGAAAGUAAGUGCUAUGUUAGUUUUGAUGAACCACUUAAUUCGAACUAG